GCGCUCAGGCCAUCAUGGCGUCUCCCAGUGGGAAGGGAUCCCGGGCGCCCGAGACUCCUGGCUGCGGGCCCCAGACGCUCGCCCGGGACCUGGUGGACUCCGUGGAUUACCCUGAGGGGCUGUAUGUGGCGGUCGAGCGGUGUCCGCUCUGCAACACCACCCGCCGGCGGCUGACCUGCGCCAAGUGUGUCCAGAGCGGCGAUUUCGUCUACUUCGAUGGCCGGGACCGGGAGAGGUUUAUUGACAAGAAGGAAAGGUUAAGUCAACUUAAGAGCAAGCAAGAAGAAUUUCAAAAAGAGGUAUUAAAAGCUAUGGAAGGAAAAUGGAUAACAGAUCAGUUGAGAUGGAAAAUAAUGUCUUGUAAGAUGAGGAUUGAACAGCUAAAACAAACCAUAUGUAAAGGAAAUGAAGAAAUGAAGAAAAAUUCUGAAGGCCUUCUGAAAACCAAGGAAAAGAACCAGAAGCUGUAUAGUCGAGCACAACGGCACCAAGAGAAAAAGGAGAAGAUUCAGAGGCACAAUCGCAAACUUGGUGACCUGGUAGAAAAAAAAACCAAUGACUUAAGAAGUCAUUAUGAGCGUCUGGCAAGUCUUCGGCGAUCCCAUAUAUUAGAGCUCACCUCUGUCAUUUUUCCAAUUGAUGAAGUAAAGACUGGUGUGAGAGAUCCUGCAGAUGUGUCUUCUGAGAGCGACAGUGCCAUGACCUCCAGCACUGUCAGCAAGCUUGCUGAAGCCCGGAGGACAACUUACCUUUCUGGAAGAUGGGUCUGUGAUGAUCACAAUGGCGACACCAGCAUUAGCAUUACAGGGCAGUGGAUUUGCCUUCCUAACAAUGGGGACUACUCUGCCUACUACAAUUGGGUGGAAGAGAAGAAAACAACACAGGGGCCCGACAUGGAGCAUAAUAACCCUGCACACACCAUUAGUGCUGCCUUGUAUUAUGCCACACAGCUGGUCAACAUUUUGUCUCAUAUACUUGAUGUCAAUCUUCCUAAGAAGCUGUGCAACAGUGAGUUUUGUGGAGAAAAUCUCAGCAAACAGAAAUUUACUCGAGCUGUGAAGAAACUCAAUACAAAUAUCCUUUACCUUUGUUUUUCUCAGCAUGUAAAUUUAGAUCAGUUACAACCACUGCAUACCCUCAGGAAUUUAAUGUACCUGGUCAGUUCAAACUCGGAACACCUGGGCAGGUCGGGACCUUUUGAAGUGCGAGCAGACCUUGAGGAGUCCAUGGAAUUUGUGGAUCCUGGAGUCGCUGGAGAAUCAGAUGAGAGUGGAGAUGAGCACAUAAGUGACGAGGAAACUGAUCUGGGCACAGACUGGGAGAACWUGCCAAGCCCCCGGUUCUGUGAUAUCCCUUCCCAGCCUGUGGAAGUCUCCCAGAGCCAGAGCACCCAGGUGUCCSCACCCAUUGCAAGCAGCAGUGCUGGCGGGAUGAUCUCCUCUGCUGCAGCCUCGGUGACUUCCUGGUUCAAAGCUUAUACCGGACACCGUUAAUAAGUAUGGACUCAAACAUGCCAGAUUUGUACCACAAAAGCUCUCCYACUGCACUCUAGGGAAUCCUGUUUAGUAAAGAUAGUGCCUGGAACAAAAGGAAGUUAAACCAUUGUUUUAAGCAGGGAGAAGAGCAUUUCUGCUUGUGAGGUAGCUGUGAUGGUGACCGACAUGCUUAUGAUGUAGAAGAGGGCACAAAGGUUCUUCUGUGCAGACCUGUGCACGUGGUUGGUGGUGUUUGUUGAAGUCGUUUUUCUGGGUACCAUCUGGUCCCAGGCCCCRCARGCCUGGUCAGUGAGYUGGUCCUAGUGAUGCUAAGACUUUUCCUGACACUACUUUCUAAAGGUAGGUCGAACCAUAAGGAAUUGGUUCCUCAUGAGGACUUGAAAGAAAAACURAAUUUUUCUGCCAUCAGUUUUUGUGCGGAGAACCUGGAGGCAAUUAGAAAUAUUUUCUUUGUAACUUGGUCAUCUUUGGCUUUUAGAUCAARGAUUUUGGUUCUUGUUUGGGAGGAGGUGGUUUUUUGAGGGAAUGGAGUAGUUUAUUUAAUUUGUGCUGCUCCAUUGUAGCUUUUCACAUUCCUGCUUUCCUUUCCCUCCACACCAAAGAAACUAAGGUCUUUUUGUUCUGUAGGACCCAAAUCCAUGAACAGAAGAAAUCCUGGCUGCAAUAAUGUC